GGCUAUUAGAAGUGCUAAAUAUUUAUUGUUGCUGCUGACCAGAUUCAUUUUAUGGCAUCGUGUGAGUUAUUUGAGUCAACUUUGUGAAUGUUCUUGAAGAUGCUGCGCGAUGAUGAUACGAGUUAUUUGAUUAACAGACCCCCAACGAUAGAAAGGGAAUGGAAAUAUUUUAAUUUGAAUAUCAUUGUUUAACUUUCGCAAAUUUGUUCGCUGUACUAUCGCAUCUUCCGUGUGUUUAAGGUGGAGUCGGGGAAUUGACUAUUUAUCAAUUGAGCUGCUCCGUUGACCGAUUUCCAAACGAGUUGUAUAUGUGAUAUAUAUGUUGACAUAACCUUCAGAUGCUGUUACGUGGUAGAGUGAUAAACUAGCAGAUGCGCCUUAAGCAUUGCACUUGUAAACUUUUGGAGUUAUACAACUCUUCUAGUGUUUUCUUAUAGAGUAUGAGGUGACAUUUAAUCAGCGGCUUGACUUCUUCAGUGGCAGAGACUUCUUUUGUUUAGCUAAUGCAAACAAUUACAGCUGCAGACAAGUUUCUGAUGCUGCUUCACCUUAUAAUAUUUGCGAUAAGCAUAUAGACUGAUGGACGCCCAGCAGGGCUAAAAGACUUUAACGUCGACUUCAACUCGUAUCUCGCAUCGAAGUCAUUUGCAAUUUUUGCGAGUUUUUCUUUUGGUUUUCGAUUUUUGGUUUUUUCUUCAUCUUUUUGUUUACCGGACUCGUUUAUUAAUGCGCCUUUGUUUAUGUAUCGGCGAAGACGCACCAUAUGCAGUUUACAUAUGACAUUAUCAUGAGUUAAGGGUAACUGCCAAUGGCUUUUUUUCGGAUAUAAAAGCCACCAGCGCUGUAACCAACAGCUGCAGUCAAUUUUGGAAUUAAACAACUCAACAAGUUGCCUUCGCAUAUCCCGCACACACACACACACACACAAUCAUCAUGAAGUACAUUGUUUUGGUCGUUUUCCUUUGCCUCGCUGCUGUGGCUUUGGUGUCUGCGGUGCCCGUGGACGAGACGCUGCAAGGUGACAACAUCUACAGCGAGUCAGAUGUCCACAAUCCUCACGAUCCUCAGGCCAUCUUCAAGCUGAAGAAGAUCAAGAAGCUGCUGCUCGGUUAAGCUCUCAAGCCAUAUUCAUCAGACUUGUUCAAGUCUUGUCUAGUCUAUGUACAAACCACAAACACACACACACGCACACACAUGCACACACAAUAAUCUGGGAACUUCGCCUCUUCGCUUUAGCCUAGGCACUGCGCUGCACCAACCUUAGAGAUAAAUUCAGUUCACCGCUACAAAAUAAAUGGAUAAAUAUAUAAAACACAAAAAUGCAGCAGUUUUACAUGAGUAAUUACGAAAUCUAAAUUAAUUAAAUAAAUCACAAAAAAAACGAAAUAUAUGCCUGAAAGUAGA